CGGGAAGGUCCUUGUGACUUUCCCGCAAGUAAGCAGAACGGGGCCGGUUGGGGCGCGCGGCCGGAGGACAAUGCUGACGGAGGAGGAACAGAACCCGGCUCUGCUCGGUGCCGGCAGGAGGAGGAGCGCAGGAGCCGCCGCGCCGGGGAUGUCCCGGGAGGGACGCAGCGCUCCCCACGCACCGCCGUUCAAUUCGCCCCAUCCCAAAGCGCCCAACCCACACCGCCCGCCUCGUGUUGUGCUUUUCCCCGCAGGAGUUUGUCAUGAUCGUGGUGUUCGGGAUGGAGUACGUCGUCCGUGUCUGGGCGGCCGGCUGCUGCUGCCGCUACCGGGGCUGGCGGGGCCGCCUGCGCUUCGCCCGAAAACCUUUCUGUGUGAUAGAUUUCAUCGUCUUCAUCGCCUCCGUGGCCGUCAUCGCGGCCGGCACGCAGGGCAACAUCUUCGCCACCUCCGCGCUGCGCAGCAUGCGCUUCCUGCAGAUCCUGCGCAUGGUGCGCAUGGACCGCCGCGGCGGCACCUGGAAGCUGCUGGGCUCCGUGGUUUACGCGCACAGCAAGGAGCUGAUCACCGCGUGGUACAUCGGCUUCCUGGUGCUCAUCUUCGCCUCCUUCCUCGUCUACCUGGCCGAGAAGGACACCAAUGGGGAGUUCGCCACCUACGCCGAUUCGCUGUGGUGGGGCACGGUGACGCUGACCACCAUUGGUUACGGGGACAAAACGCCGCAGACGUGGCUGGGACGGAUGCUGGCAGCCGGAUUUGCUCUGCUCGGCAUCUCCUUCUUUGCGCUGCCUGCAGGUAUCCUGGGCUCUGGUUUCGCCCUCAAGGUGCAGGAGCAGCACCGGCAAAAGCACUUUGAGAAGAGGAGGACCCCAGCAGCAAACCUGAUCCAGGCAGCUUGGAGGCUGUACUCCACAGAUGCCAGCCGGGGGUACCUGACGGCCACGUGGUCAGAGCUGCUCCCACCUCUGAGCAUCCCCAAGUUCCUGUGCUGGGGCCGGGAGCUGAAAGCAGCACUCAGAUUCCUACUUGUCUUCAGCUGUCUGGUGCUCUCCGUUUUCUCCACCAUCCAGGAGCACCAGAAGUUGGCCAACCAGUGCCUCUUCAUCCUGAUGGGGCCCCGCGAGGGCACGAACCGCCCGCGGCGCUGCGCUGCAGCAUCGGGACGCUCGGAGCAAUGCGGCACGCUGCGGUGA